UCCUCUCUCUCUCUCUCUCUCUCUUGUCUGGUUGCUGUCUACAGGAGCCAGCCGAGGUCCCGCCGGGUCGAAGGUUCUGCCCUACCCGCCCCAGACUGCCGCAACCCCCGCGACGGCCGCGUUCAGUGAACGAGCGAACCUGCCCCCCGCUUGCCGCCGCCGCCGCAUGGACCCGCGUCCCUCCGCCGCUGCCGCCGCCGCCGCGUAGAGGGCGACCCCCGACCCGACACUCUUUCUCCGGCCAGAUUUUUUUUUCCUUUUUUUUUCCCCUCCACACACGUCGAAGCGUGUCGUGGUCGAGUUGGUCGGGCCGGGUCGCCGCUGCUGCUGCCGGGAGACUUCCCUGGGCUCGUUGAAGCGGCGCCGGAGGAUGCCUGCUGCGCGGCUCGCUGCUGAAUCCCGGUGAACGAGCCAACGAACGGAACGGAAAGGCGUCUCAUGUCCAAACGGCGGAAGGAUGGCUCAUGGCAAAGCGACCGUCACGGUGGACGAGUACAGCUCCAACCCCACACAGGCCUUCACGCACUACAACAUCAACCAGAGCCGCUUCCAACCUCCACACGUCCACAUGGUGGACCCCAUUCCAUAUGAUACGUCCAAGCCGGCGGGACACACCAGGUUCGUGUGUGUCUCCGACACGCACUCACGCACAGACGGCAUCCAGAUGCCCUACGGCGACGUGCUGCUGCACACGGGCGACUUCACCGAGCUCGGCCUGCCCUCCGAGGUUAAGAAGUUCAACGACUGGCUAGGCGGCCUCCCGUACGAGUUCAAAGUGGUGAUCGCCGGCAACCACGAGCUGACCUUCGACAAGGACUUUAUGGCCGAGCUGGUCAAGCAGGAUUACUACCGAUUCCCCUCGGUGUCCAAACUCAAACCCGAGGACUUUGACAAUGUGCAGUCGCUGCUCACAAACUGUGUGUACCUGCAGGACUCGGACGUCACCAUAAAAGGAUUCCGGAUAUACGGGACGCCAUGGACUCCGUGGUUUAACGGCUGGGGGUUCAACCUGCCUCGGGGUCAGUCUCUGCUGGAUAAGUGGAACCAGGUCCCUGAAGGCAUCGACAUCCUGAUGACCCACGGGCCGCCGCUCGGCUUCCGAGACUGGGUUCCGAAGGAGCUGCAGCGGGUCGGCUGCGUGGAGCUGCUCAACACGGUGCAGAAGAGGGUGCGGCCCAAGCUCCACGCCUUCGGAGGCAUCCACGAAGGCUACGGGAUCAUGACCGACGGCUACACGACGUUCGUCAACGCGUCGACCUGCACCGUCAGCUUCCAGCCCACCAACCCCCCCAUCGUGUUCGACCUGCCCAACCCCCCCAGCUCCUGAGACCAGAGGACGGACGGGGGCAGAAACUCAUUUGUUUUUGGGGGUUUUUUUGUAAAGAUAAUGUCGCGUUUUGGGGGGAAGAGAAAGAAAAAAAAUUCUAAGUGUUUCUUUGCAAAGACUUUUGGUCUUCUUCUCCGCGCUGUGGUCGAGACGGAGACGAGGGGGGGGGGGGCUGGGGGGGUAAAGGAGAAUAUCGGUGUCUUUCUGUUUUUUAAAAGUUUGUGCCAACAAUGCUGGGUUUCUGUUUUUCCCCUGUCGGUUUUUUGUUUUCUAAUUUCCUCCGGAAUUUUCUUCAGUGAUUUUGUUGUUGUUGUUGUUGUUGUUGUCGUCGUCGUCGUUGUUCAGCAACUUCCACCGACAACUUCACUGCUUCGCGGAAGAAGAAACUGAUCCUGAUCUCGUCGUCAUGCUGCUUCCUGCCAAUCACCCCGGCAGCUACAGGAAGAGAAACGGCAACAUCGUCGUGGCGAUCAGAGCGGAACAAAGCAACGACGACGGUUUACGACUUUCUUCAUCUCUCGUCUUUUGGAGGACGAUGGAUCGUGUUGGUGUUUAACGUAACGCGCUUGUCUCUUGAGCUCAUGCGACCGGCAGUUGUCGGACCAAAGGAAAAAAACUGUGUCAUGGUCCCAAACACAUUUACACUCUGCACGUCUGUCGUCUGCCGGCAGCAGAUGGUUUUGGAAAGUUUGUAUUCAGAAGCACACGGGGAAAUGAAUUGUCGGCAUGAGCUACGAAAAAUGAAUUCCGAGGGGAACGAGUGUGAGCGACGCCGGUAUUCUCCUCGACCGAGGGAUUUUCUUUGUGGUCAAACAAUCUUGCUCUUGAUAAAUAUUGGUCCGAACUGUAAGAUAAAUGAUGCUUUGUGAAUUUGUACAAUUCCUUUAACGUUUUUUGCGGGGGGGGGGGGGGGGGGGGGGGGGUUUCCGCGUCGGCCUCACAAGCGGAUGCCGUCGUUUUACGUCGUAUCGUCUGAUGUUUGGCGAUUCGGUUGUUUUCUUUUUGUCCUUUUUUCUUUUUCCUCGUCAGUUCCUCUUUUCCUAUUGGCUGACAGGGACGCUGCCUUACACUAGCUUUAAUGUUCUCAGCUAGAGCCCCCCCCCCCACUCUCUGCGAGCUCAGAGGAAAGUCUUUAUUUAUUACCCAUCAUGCCCCGCAGGACAACACCUGACGGACGAAGGCUGUCGAAUUACAGCCCCCGGAAGAAAAAAAUGUCAUCUUUGUUACGUCCCGUUAUGGAUUUCUGAGCUAAUUUGGAGGGAAAAAAUGAUGUAUAAAAAUAUAUAUAUAUUAUAUAUUCAUGUUGUAAAACAUCUGUACUAAAAGUUGUGUUUGACUAAAGGAAAAAAAAAAAAAAAAAGAUGCUGGUGCAUUUUCCUUUCUUCUGUGUAUGCACCUGUAUGAUUGACAUGUUUCUUUGACGCUCUUCAGACGUUUCUUUAAUGUUUCAUUUUGGAUCCACUCUCCCCGUGAAGGUCACGACCUCCAUGCUUUGGAUGCGAGAGGAAAUAUUUUUGCCGGAGCCACAAUCCCGACAGGUGCCGGUUGUUCCCAGCAACGCGCCUGCCUAAACAAUAAGUUGCCCCCUUUUCAAAAGUGUAUUAAAGUAUUUGUGUUUUGUUGCUUUUUACUUUUCAAAUUGUUUGCACUGUGUGUAAAUGCAAUCUUGCUAGCACAAAAAAAAAAAAACCCCGUUGCCAAUAGUUGUCUCAACUUUCGCCGCUGUAAAUGCUCAUUUUUUCUUUUGUCCCGUGCCCCGUUCCUCUCUCGCUCUUUUCUCUGAUUGUAUCCCUCUUCAUGGAAAUGUUAGUUCUCUCUUUCAGUUCAUUGUGAUAUAUUUAGCUGCCUUUAUAUGCAAAUAAAAUUGCAAGAUUUUUACUUAUAAA